AAGGGGGCCGUGGGGCUUGUGCUCUCCUGGCAUGGUGGGCUGGGGGCAUUCGGGCGGCGGGGCUGCAUGGAGACAGCUAAGCCGAAGCCUCGGCCGGAGUUAUUGCUGAGCUUUUUCUUUAGAAGUCUGGGAAGAUGGGCAGGAUUAGCGCUGGCCGCUGCGCUCAUUUGCAUGUAAUUUUCAUAUCAUGCUUGAGAUCUUUUAAAAAUCAUUGAGCAGUAAUCAGAAGAAAGAACUCGCAGCACCAUGGAACUUUCUCCAAGGGUACAGCCUGCUAAAGCUAUCAACCCAAUAGACCGUAAAUCAGUUCACAGGAUCUGUUCAGGACAGGUGGUUCUGAAUCUGUGUACUGCAGUGAAAGAACUUGUGGAAAAUAGCAUAGAUGCUGGUGCUACCAAUAUUGAAGUGAAACUUAAAGAUUAUGGGACAGAACUUUUUGAAGUUGCUGAUAAUGGUUGCGGUGUGGAAGAAGAAAACUUCACAGGCUUGACUUUAAAACAUUAUACAUCCAAGAUACAGGACUUCUCUGACCUUACACAUGUUGAAACAUUUGGCUUCCGAGGUGAAGCCCUGAGUUCUCUUUGUGCAUUAAGUGACAUUACCAUUGUUACUUGUCACAAGUCUGCUAAGGUUGGAACACGCCUGGUGUUUGAUCACGGUGGGAAAAUCUCUUUGAGGGCUCCCUAUCCCCGGCAGCAGGGGACAACUGUCAUUGUACAACAUCUAUUUCAUACGUUGCCGGUACGGCAUAAAGAAUUUCAGCGCAACAUAAAGAAGGAGUUCACAAAAAUGGUUCAGGUAUUACAAGCAUACUGUAUCAUUUCACCAGGCAUUCGGAUUAACUGCACAAACCAGGUUGGCCAAGGGAAAAAGCAGGUUGUCGUAUGCACCACUGGCGGCUCUACGAUUAAGGAAAACAUUGGGGCAAUAUUUGGACACAAACAGGUGCAAAGUUUAGUUCCUUUUCUUCAGCUUCCUCCAAGUGACAUUAUCUGUGAAGAAUAUGGCUUGCAUUCUUCUGAGAUACCAACCCAGCUUUAUACCAUCACAGGGUUUGUCUCCCGUUGCGAUCAUGGAGUUGGGAGAAGCACCACCGACAGGCAGUUCUUCUUUAUUAACCAGCGGCCCUGUGAUCCGACGAAGGUUUCCAAAGUUGUGAAUGAAGUAUACCACAUGUACAACAGACACCAGUAUCCAUUUGUUGUCCUCAACAUAUGUGUGAAUUCUGAAUGUGUUGACGUUAACGUGACACCCGACAAAAGGCAAAUACUGUUGCAGGAAGAAAAAGUCCUGUUAGCCACUCUGAAAACCUCGCUGAUUGGAAUGUUUGGCAGUGACGUUAAUAAACUAGUCCUCAGUCAGAAAUUGCCAGAUGCUGAAGGAAACUUUAAAACGGUGCCUCGAGAUGAGGCAGGAACGCCUAUCUGUGAAACAUCAUCCGGCUCCCUGCCUCAGAAGCUGAAUGGAGAAGCGAAAAUCGCAAUGACGAUAGCCAGGCUUAGAGAGUCUUUUUCCCUCCAACAAGCAAAAAAGGCCAGUUUUCAGAGGGCAGAAAAUAGCAAGCAGCAGCAUAGUUCUCCCGGGCAGGAAAAACUGUCAUUUUCUACAGUUUUGGAUCCUCCAAAAAAGAAGGCCCGCUCCAGUGGGGAGGCCGUGCUGGCUAGUGGGAAUUUCCAGAACUCAGCAGAUGUUGCCGAUUCUGGCUGUUCUGGUGUGGAUGGAAGCACUGCAGAUCCCAGUAACUGCUUCAGCUGUGAAAGCGGGGUUACCUCCCCUGCCGAAGAAUUCCAGGAUUUUGGAGAAGUUCAAAGUGGCAGUCCAGAGAUGAGGGAGCAAUUCCAUGGAGAAGGACAGGUGCCGAACCAAAACAGGCCGAGUGGGUUAUCCCCACAGGCCAAGAGUUCAUCCCCUAAAGCGAAACGUCUUAAGAGCAACCAGCCUCUUUCCCAGGUAGCCAGUUCGAUAGAGACAGAGGAGGCUGAGGAUUCUGCUGUCAUGCCAUCACAGUAUGACAUACAUGUGGAAAUGGAAAAGAGGAUCAUACCGCUGAAGUUCUCUCUGAACACACUAACAGACAGAAUAAAGAAGCUAAUUCAGCAGCAGGAGAUGAAAGCAGAAAUGUUGAAUUACAGAAAAUUUAGGGCAAAGAUUAAACCCGGAGAAAAUCAAACCGCAGAGGAUGAAUUAAGGAAAGAAAUAAGUAAAGAGAUGUUUGCUGAAAUGGAAGUCAUCGGCCAGUUCAAUUUAGGAUUUAUAAUCGCCAGGCUGAACUCCGACCUCUUCAUAAUCGAUCAGCACGCUUCAGAUGAGAAAUACAAUUUUGAGAUGCUGCAGGAACACACAGCUCUGCAGGGGCAGAAACUCAUUACACCUCAGAAUCUUAAUCUAACGGCUAUCAAUGAAAGUAUAUUAAUGGAAAACCUGGAAAUUUUCCAGAAAAACGGAUUUGAUUUUAUAAUUGAUAGAAAUGCUCCAGUAACCCAAAGGGUUAAACUCAUAUCUUUACCAACAAGCAAAAACUGGACUUUUGGUCUGCAAGAUAUAGAGGAGUUAAUAUUCAUGCUAAGUGAUUCCCCAGGAGUGAUGUGCAGGCCCUCCAGAGUAAGGCAGAUGUUUGCAUCUCGCGCAUGUAGAAAGUCUGUGAUGGUUGGAACAGCACUUAAUGUAAAGGAGAUGAAGAAACUGAUCACUCACAUGGGGGAAAUAGAGCAUCCUUGGAACUGUCCGCAUGGAAGACCGACAAUAAGGCACAUAGCCAGUCUAGCCUUGCUUUCACAAGACUAACGGACCCUCUCCGUGCUUUCUGAGUAGAGUGAACCAAUGAUUUCCUUGCGAGCGCACUUCCUUUUCUUUUGGAACCCCUGCUUUACCGUGACGCAGUCCUUAAUGUUGCCUGGCCAAACGCUCAAAGACCAUGUUUGCUGUGAAAGAGUAACAGCUGGAACAAACGGGCAGGCGGGCCGGCCCUGGGAGGCGUUGCAGAGGGGCGUGAAGGGGCUCAUCCAUCAGCUGCCUUCCCUACAACAUACCAAGCCACGGGAUCUUCAGAUCGGUGAAGAUGCAGCAUCAUGACAUGGGCACAAAUUCCUUUACAGCAGUGCCAGUGCUUUUGCAAGGUCCCACUGCAUAUUGUAUGCAGGAAUGAAAUGCCCCAACUGGGCUUGUGGAAAUUACAUGCUGUCUUCCAAGAAUUUAAUUUUGUUACUCUAAUUCUGCAUCUGUGCAAGGUGGAACAGGUUUGUCAUCUUCUUCCCAAAGAUUUUCCAAAUUGAAAUUUCUUGUUCUCUUCUCCAGUAAGUGAAAAGAAUGAAGAGAAUGAGUGUAGUUUGGGCAAUUCUGCAGGGGCUCCAGGCCUCUGUUUCAAGGAUCUUGCAUGUGGGGGUGAAGGAAGCAAAACAUGGACUUUCCAGAGUAACUCAGCACCUCUGGAAUGUUGAUAACUCAAGAAAUUGCCCUUUCUGUCUGUUGGGCCACCUCUGCCUUCAUUUUUACUUUUAGGGAAUGAUUUAGUAGCCAUUUUUAUUAGUGCAUGGCAUUGCAGUAGUAACAUGCUAUAAACAUUUUUUCUGUAUAUAAAAGAAUAUAAAUGUACUUGCAUUUUCAGUUUGGGUGACUUCACAUUUGUAUAGAAGAAUCAUUUUAUAAUAAAGUGUUUUAUAUACAGAAGUUCUUCAAGUUUUCAUUGGAUGGCUUGGCUGCAAAAUGUGUCUCGGCAUUUCUUCAGGUUCUUUCUCUAGUUAUAUUUCAAUUAUUUAAGAUGUGAACUUUUUAGGAAUUCAGUAUCAUGGAAUUUUAGUAACUAGAGAGAUAACCAUAGAUCCUGUCCUCCCAGAUUAAUCACAGUUUUGGUAGUUCUUAGUGGUGAAUAACUGUUAAAAUUAAAAAUGUGUAUAUGCUGUAAACUUGAGCAGGGUCUGAAAAGAUGAUAGGAGAAGAAAGAGACAGACUGUGGAUAGAAAAGGGUCAACUCCGGAGUACUGGGAUUCAUUAUAUCUGGAAAGCUGUCAGAAAACAGAAAAGGAAAUCAUUUUCCUUGCCUUAAGCUGGACUGGCUCCCCAGUACAAUUUCUGGGCUCUCCAGAUGUUGUUGGACUGCACCUCCUGCCAGCCAGUGGUGAGGAAGGAUAAAUGCUGCGGUCCAACACUGUCUGAAGGGUGAGACGUUUCCCAUCCCUGCCCCCAGUAAUAAUUUUCUCACAAUUUGCUUAAGCAUCCUGGGAGACUCAAAUGGUUCCAUUAUAUAGAUUUUAAAAUGUCUUUUCUUAUCAUUCUGUAAGUUGCUCAGAGAGCCCAAAUUUGGGCUAACAUAGUGACAUAUAAAUUGAAAUAAUAAAUUAGGUUAUUGUUGAAUAUUAUCUUAUACAGGGGGUGCCAAAAUUUAUAGACGUUUUAAGAGAUGUUAUCUAUGUAUUAUUUUUCGAAGUUGCAUUGAAUUACGGUAACCAUGUGUAGUAUGACAUUUGCUCAAAAGACAGCAUUCAUCAAAUGAAUUAUUGCUAGCAUCACCCUGCGACAGUUUUUGUCUGUGAAACAGUUGUGUUUGUGAGCU